AUGAUGCCUGGCAGGACUCUGCGCAAGACCGCGCCGCCCGCCGCUCCUUCAGAGCGGGAAGUGGUGGCGGAAUGCGCCCUAGAGCUGCGCAGGAUCGGCGACAAGUGGAACCUGAGGCAAAAGAUCUUGAACCUCCUGACAAAGCUGUUCUGCCCGGAGACGUGA